UGCGUACUAUGGUCAUAUAUUGUUCCCUCAAUACCUUUUUUAUGGACACAUAAUUUUUAUUUUUGCAGAAAACAUGGGCACAUGUACAGACCCGGCGGUCUUAUCCUGAGUUUGUUGCCGAAUUUGAUCGAUUGACCCCAGAAGACAUUGUGUGGGAGCCAUACAGUCCUUCGGCUAUAGCCGCACGUGCACCGCUUGGGAUAUCUUCGGUGUGCACACAGAACCAGGGCCUAUGGAUGACUACUGCAGCUUUGGUGUACGACAUUGCAGUUGAGGCCCACUGCCCGGAUAGAGUCAUGAGGCAGUUCGGUCGACGCCAGUCUUUCCCUGUGUCUUCAGCGUUGGAUCGUGUUCAGCGCCACGAUCAUAGUUUAUCAAGGGCUGGACAUCCUUUCUCGACAAUGUGGGUCACUAGAUUACAACCAUGGGUGGCUGCGUGGGAUGAUGCAGACGAGCAGUUGGCUGAGGAUACCGUUCCACACACGGAGCCUUCGUUUCGGGCGUACCUGACCUGUUCGAGGCAUGUAGGCUGCUUGAAUUAGAUUGCUCACUGAAUGUAAUAAGGAUUCAUGGCGGGUCUACGAUGAGCGUGCCGGCACAACUCGAGGCCUGGACCACUCAAUGUGAUAGAGCCCGAGGUAUGCUUCAGGCCUUUGGUACGCGGAAGGAGUACAAGGAUUCCUACGGAUCGUCGCAAGCGUCGAC